AACCCGCACUAAUUACGAAGUAAAAAUUGAAUAUAUGCACCAAUUAAGCUAUAUGUACCAAUAUAAUGCCAUUUACAAUGAAACACUUUUAUUCUCCCAUCCUUCAUACCACUCUCUAUAUCCUCAUUGCAUCUCACAAAUGUAUCUCUAAUUAAAAUCCAUAGCACAAGCAUAAAUUUCUCAUCAUCACUUGAAAAAGAUGAAGUUUGGGAAAGAAUUUGUGUCACAAAUGGUGCCAGAAUGGCAAGAAGCAUACAUGAAUUACAACUCUCUCAAAUCUAUUCUCAAAGACAUGUCAAAGUUUAAGGCACAAAAUGAAUCAAAAGCACCAAUGGCAUCAACACCACAAGGAUCAUUGAAAAGAAGAUUAACUCUCUAUAGAGCUUUUAGUGGUCUUAGUGGUAAACAAAGACAUUCUUCUUCAAGUAAGAAUGAAGAUGAAGUUAUACUUAUUCGUUCGGAAGAAGGUGAAGAUUCAGAAGAGUUGUAUAAAACAAUUUUUUUAAAUCCUUAUGAAGAUGGAGCAGAAAGAGAUCUUGUGUUUUUUAGAGAACUUGAUUUUGAGUUUAAUAAGGUUAAUACAUUUUAUAAGAAGAUUGUUAAGGAAGUUGUUGAUGAAGCUGAUGAGUUAAGUAAGCAAAUGAAUAUUCUUAUUGCUUUUAGAAUAAAAGUUGAUAAGGUUGGGUUUGAAAAUGUUGAUAGCAAUGAAAAUUCUUCUUCAACUUCCCUUUUGCAUAAUGCAGAUGAUGGCAACCAUGGUCGCUCACAUUCACCACACUUGGAUGUGAUUCCUGAAAUUGAGAUGAGCAAUGAAAGUGAUUUUAAUGAUGAAGAUAGAAAUAAUGUGGCACAAACAAAUUCUAAGACAAGUUCCAUAGAAGGUUUUAGACCAGCUCCUUUGGAGAUCCUUAAUCAUGUGAAAAUCAAUGUCACACCAGAAACUCCUGUAUCAACCUUAAAAGGGCUUCUCUUAAGUUCAAAAACUGAUCAAACAUUUAACAAGAAAGAGCUUAGGAAAGCAGAUGGGCAACUUAACACAGCCUUAAAAGAAUUUUAUCAGAAGCUUAGGCUUCUAAAAAGAUACAGCUUCUUAAACUUGUUGGCAUUCUCAAAAAUCAUGAAGAAGUAUGAUAAGGUCAGUUCAAGAAAUGCAUCAAAAGAUUACUUAAAGAUGGUGGACAGUUCUUAUGUUGGAAGCUCAGAUGAGGUUAAUAGGCUCAUGGAAAGGGUAGAACAUGCCUUCAUAAAACACUUUGCAAAUGGAAAUCACAGAAAAGGAAUGAACAUGUUGCGACCGACUGCAAAGAGGGAACGGCAUCGAAUUACAUUCUUGUUAGGACUAUUUACUGGAUGCUCAAUUGCUCUCAUUGUAGCAUUAGUUAUACUUAUACAUGCAAGAGGUAUUAUGGAUAGUGAAGGUAGAACUACAUAUAUGGAGAACAUAUUUCCACUUUAUAGUCUCUUCGGAUACAUCGUCUUGCAUAUGACCGUCUACUCAGCAAAUGUAUACUUAUGGAGGCGUUUCAAAAUCAACUAUUCAUUUAUAUUUGGAUUCAAGGAAGGAACAGAGUUAGGUUAUAGAGAAGUGUUUCUUCUUAGCUCUGGCCUUGCAGUACUAUCAUUGGCUGCUGUUCUCUCAAACUUAGAUAUGGAGAUGGAUGAAAGAACAAAGAGCUUCUCAGAAUUUACAGAAUUAGUGCCUUUAGGCCUUGUCAUAGUUGUGCUUCUCAUAACAUUUUGUCCCUUCAAUAUCAUAUAUAAAUCAAGCCGCUUCUUCCUAAUUAAAUGUGCAUUUCAUUCAAUUUGUGCUCCUCUCUACAAGAUCAACUUUUCAGAUAAUUUCUUGGCAGACCAGCUUACCAGUCAGGUGCAAGCAUAUAGAAGUUUCAUAUUCUAUGUUUGCUACUAUUUCUGGGGGGACUUCAAAACCAGAUCAAACAACUGCAUUGAUAGUGACAUCUAUAAAACAUUUUAUUUGAUUGUAGCUAUUAUUCCAUUUUGGCUCCGUUUUCUUCAGUGUCUUCGACGAUUAUUACUUGAAGAAAGAGAUAUAAUGCAUGGACUGAAUGGACUAAAAUACAUAUCAACAAUAGUUGCAGUUGCAAUGAGGACUAGUAAUGACUUUCACAAAGGAAUAGUUUGGAAAAUUCUUGCUGCAAGUUCUUCAAGCAUUGCAACAAUUGUUAAUACUUAUUGGGAUAUUGUGAUUGAUUGGGGUUUGCUUAGAAGAAAUUCAAGAAAUCCAUGGUUAAGAGAUAAACUCUCUGUACCAUACAAAAGUGUAUAUUUUCUUGCUAUGGUGUGUAAUGUUAUACUUAGGCUAGCAUGGAUGCAAUCUGUUUUAGGCAUUAAGGAAGCUCCAUUCCUGCAUAGAACAGCUUUGACUGCUAUUGUAGCUUGUUUGGAGAUCCUUCGACGUGGAAUUUGGAACUUUUUCAGGUUGGAGAAUGAGCAUUUGAACAAUGUUGGAAAGUAUAGGGCAUUCAAGUCAGUACCACUUCCUUUCAAUCAUCAAGAUGAUGAUGAUGAAGAAGAAGAGAUCACAGAUACAUAAAGAAAUAUAGGAUGGAGUAAAUAAAGAUAGUGUGUUAGUAAAGAAAAUAAGCAUGUUUUUCCAAAUCAAUUCAUUGUAGCAGUUUUUUUUGUUUUACGUAAACCAAGUAUUAUGUGCACGCAAUUAUAGAGACUAAUUCCUCGAGCCUUGUGAGACCCAAAUGUACGGCAAAUUCUCUUUAAAUGUUUUAACGUUGUUGCAUGCACAAGCUAAAGAUCGAACUCAGGACCUUGGUUAAACUAUAAUUCAUUGUAGCAGUUUUGAUAUAUAUAUAGAUAUUGGAAAAAACUUAAGUUCUAUAUUGAAAAUGGAAAAGGCUUUUGAAAAUAGUAUAAAAAGAGCGACACUUUUCAGCUUAUAAGCAGAUUUAUAUGGAUUAGAUAGGAUAAAAAAGCUAAAUG